AUGAAUUUGACUCAAGUAUAGAAGCAAUGGAAAUAUCACUUUGGGCAUGUUAAGACCACAUGUCAAAAUCAUGAGUGGGAGUGGAUGUUUUCCUGUGAGGUCCUGAGCAUUGCCAGCCGUGUCCAUCUGCCCUGCUCAGCCAGAGCUGGAAGAGGGUUCCUUUCAGUCCUGCUGCAUCUUGAGGUCCAGUUUGCCCAGGACCUGACUCAGAUAGUAGACAGCCUGUCUCAGACCAGGGGCCUCACCACUGAUGACGCCAGAGGAAGGCAUCAAAAGAAAAUCCGAAGCAAGACUCAGAAUUACCUCAACCUGUAUGCCGUGGAAGGCCUGCGCACCUUGUGCAUUGCCAAGAGGGUUCUGAGUGAAGAAGAGUAUGCCUGUUGGUUGCAAAGCCACUUAGAAGCAGAAUCUUCCCUGGACAACCGUGAGGAGCUUCUUUUCCAGUCUGCCAUUCGCCUGGAAACAAAUUUGCAUCUGUUGGGUGCCACUGGGAUUGAAGAUCGCCUGCAGGAUGGAGUCCCAGAAACCAUUGCUAAAUUGCGUCAAGCAGGCCUGCAGAUUUGGGUUCUCACUGGUGACAAACAAGAAACAGCCAUUAACAUUGCAUAUGCCUGCAAACUGCUGGACCAUGAUGAGGAAGUCCUCACCCUGAAUGCUGAAUCCCAG